GGGGUCUUGGUGUUCGGUUGGGCGAAAUGGAAACCGGUGAAGUACAUGACGUAUGAGUACCCCUGGUGGGGGCACCUGAUCGGGUGGCUCAUGGCCCUCAGCUCCAUGCUUUGCAUCCCUGCUUAUUUCAUCUAUUACUACUGGAUCACGCCCAAGAUGCCCUUCCUUCAGAAAAUGCGAGAGAUCUGUCGUCCCGAUGUGGACGUGGAAGCUCUGAGGAACAAGAGUGGGGAUGUUCAGGCCACUGCCAGAUUUGAUGGACUCCAGGAUUGGAGAGAAUUCGAGAGAAAACUUCUUGCUGAGCCUGUCACAGUGGAACUACUACAAAGAAGCAUUGGGGCUCAUUCAAAGGUCCUUGCUGAACACGAAGGGAAUGUAUGGGAUAUAUUUGCAGCUUGUCAUCAUGAAUACGACCCCAUGUAUCCUCCAACAACUUCUGAAGGACGCUUGAAGCUACUCAUGCGGCCUACAUUUCAUCUCCCCGUGGUGUCUUCCAUGACUGUGCCAUUCAAGAAAUCACAUCGCCACAUCAAGGCCGUAGUAGUGACGGCUGAGUUUGAAGUUCUUCAGGUCUGCUGCCGAAAGAGGCAGUUCUCUCCUCGGAAGCCUCUGUAUAUUCUUAUGAAAUUUUUGGGUCAGUCAGCCAGUACUGUACCUGUAACUCCCAUCUUUCCCCUUGUGUUCUGUGAGACACUCAUCUUUAGAGAGUUGCUGAGAGGAGCAAAGGAGCUAUAUGUUGGGAUUGAGUAUUUGAACAGGUCUCGACUGCGAAUAGAAUUGCAUGAAACAGGACGAUGGGAAAGUUCUUGUCUGGCAUAUCUGGAUCUGAAAGGUUCUGAGGUGCUGACUCCUUUCUGGGAUUCCCCUUAUCGAGAAGUUGAAGAAACUCUUCGUCUCAAGCUCAUUCCAUUGGGGCCUUUCAGUAUGAAUGAGGCACCAUCAAUGCACUUGAUCACCAGGGCCACUGUGCAGCCUCUAUAUGUUGAUUCUUCCUCAAGGGCAAAAUCAAUGAAGGUUACCUCUCCUGUUCGACUCAUUCAUUCUCUCUCCAACUCCCGGCAUAGGAGGCAGGGAAGGAGUGCAAGUCCAGUGCAUCGCAUAGAGAGCACCUUGAAGGCAAGACCCCCCUUUGUAGUGCGGAAGGUGCCCACUGACAUCUUCUCCCUUUCGGGCACUUCCUUGCAAGGGAGCGGCAUAAAGCGCAGUCAGAGCUUCCAGUCCCUUACCCACACAUGUGAUGCAUGUGAACCUUGGGGCAAGAAGGGACGGAGUCGCUCCAUGGAAGUCCUUCCAACACUGAAGCGGAGAGAUGCUAUAAAAAAAAGGGCCAUCAGAAUACAUCCAACCCCUCCAUGGGCAAAUUCUGGUCCGUACAAAAGCCAAGUUCUACACGACAGGGAACUCUGUCGCAUCUGCACUCUGUAUGAGGAGUAUUUUGGUGAGCGGUACCCUGGACACCGAUUCCGAAGUGGAACCACCCGCAUCCUUCACGAACCGCAUUCUCCUUCCAGUUCAUCCUCUUCAUCAUAUUUGACUGAGGUGGGACCAGGAAGGAGUCAUCGUUCAUCAGGAAAGCCAGUCUGGCCAGACUCAUCCAGCAAUGGCUCCAGCUGUUCCUCUGGUCAUCAUUAUUGAACAGCUAUGAUUUUGCCCUCUUUCUUCCGCCCUUCCUCAAUCAUUCAGUAUUUCUUUGUUGUGUUCCCAUUGCCAGUUGUCUAUAUGUUUGAUGUUUUACUUAGCAAUUAUUCCGUCCAUUCAAAACAUGCUUUCAAAUUAUUCCAUAUGGAAGAACAUUCAAAUGUUAUUAUUAGAUGAGUUGUAGAAGGAGAAGCAAUUGUGAUGAAGACAUGCUAGUCAAGUACAUAUGGUAAAACACUCAAUGAUGGGCCUGUUAAGGGUGUGUACUCAGUGAUGGGCCACAGCUCAGG